AUGAGACAUGCCCUGGGGGGAUGUCUGAACCUCAGGAGCCGCGCGAGGGCAAGCCGGGGCGGUGCCUCAUGUAUAGCGGCCUGCUGGAGGGCAUGCCCUCCAGGACCUGGGCCAACCCCACCUACGACUGGCGCAGGGCCAGUGACGCGGGCACCAGCACCCCCGCCUCUGCUGCAGCCUGGCCACCUCUGGUGUCGGGCGGUGUGGCACAGCCAGUGUCCCCGCCCACCACCUUCAGCAACCUCCUGUUCUGACCACCCGGUGGGUGUAGUUUUCUGUGAUUGCAUUGCUGCUCAAUGUCACGUGCAAGACUGUCACCGAAGCGUCAGACGUCGAGGCAAUGCUUCGAGGGAGGCGGGUAGAGUCCUUUGGGAGUGUGCCUCCCCAAGACGACACCUGGAUUGCAUCACCAAUGUUUGCUGCAGUGCACCAGGGAUGCGACGUGCCGGCCCAGGAGACUCUCCCCGAGGUGCCGUCUGCUCCACACACAUACCGCUGUGCCGCCUCCUCAGUCCUUGA